UUCUUGCGUCCGGGAGGCAGCUGUCCCCGCCCGCACCGCGGAGACCACAGCCCACGGGUCGACCACCGCCGCGGCAAAGCAGCAAGGAAGGAUGUGGGUUUUUGGUUACGGGUCGCUGAUCUGGAAGGUGGACUUCCCCUAUCAGGACAAGGUGGUCGGAUACAUCACAGGCUUCAGCAGGCGCUUCUGGCAGGGCAGCACGGACCACCGUGGGAUCCCCGGCAAGCCUGGAAGAGUUGUGACUCUUGUUGAAGAUCCUGGGGGUUGUGUAUGGGGUGUUGCUUACAGACUACCAGUAGGAAAGGAAGAAGAAGUAAAAUCAUAUCUUGACUUCAGAGAGAAGGGAGGCUACAGGACCAUAACAGUCAGUUUUUAUCCAAAAGAGUCCACAACGGAACCAUUCACUGUGUUGCUAUAUAUUGGAACACAUGAUAAUCCUAAUUAUCUUGGUCCUGCACCUCUGGAAGACAUUGCUGAGCAAAUUUUUCACGCAGCUGGUCCAAGUGGAAGAAAUUCAGAAUAUCUUUUUGAACUUGCAAAUUCUAUGAGAAACCUUGUGCCAGAAGAUGCAGACGAGCAUCUUUUCUCUUUGGAAAAAUUAGUAAAGGAACGUUUAGAAAGAAAACAGAACCUCAGUUGCUUAUAAAGACCCUAAUCAUUGAUUUUUUCCAAACAAGCAGAGCUUUUAGUCUUCAGACAACAGCUUCAUUGCACAAUGGCAAUAUGAUCUGGAAACGUGUUUACUUGGAGAUCUUAUUUAUUUUUAAUGUUAAGAUAUCAUCAAAGUUUAUAGUUUAAUUUCAAGUGUCCUGAAACACAUACAUAUUCAAAAUAUUGGGAUAUAAUUAAAGAAAAAAUUCAAGUUUUAAUAAUAUAAUGACUUCCUAACUAUGUGAUAUUAAACACUUGCUCAUUAGAAGUGAGUUCUUUAGAACAGUACAAUGAAGGACUCAAUUCAGAACUUGUUUUUAUCAGAGUAAAAAUAAUUCUGUUGUUUCAUAUCAUAAUAAUAUUUUGACGUUGUAAAGAAUUCAACCAAAGUCUAGUAAAUAUAAUAAGGUUAUACGUUCAGUAUAUUCCUGUACAAUAUCUAUAACCAUGAUUAAAAUGUACAAGCUUAAAAUAGCAUGUAAUUAGAAAUAUACAGUAACAUAGACAAGAUUUCAGCCUUGAUUAUGAAUUUCCUUGUUCAGGUAUUAAAUGAGACCCUUUCCAAUUUAAGCCAAAAAACUGGCAUUUUUAAUAUAAAAAUGUCCUUGGAAUUAUAA